GCCUGUGAGAGGCCAAGCAGAGAUACCACUCUGUCCUCAUCUGUCUGUGACCCUCACUGACUUCAUCCUAUCACAAUGUCUUCUCCGGCAAUUGCUUUGCCCUUGGCAACUCCAGCCAAAUCUCCCAAAAAGAGAGCCAGGUCUCAGAAGAAGAAAACAGGUCCGUCUGUGUCAGACCUGAUCUUGAAGGCUGUUUCUGCAUCCACGGAGCGCGGCGGCAUCUCCCUGGCGGCCCUGAAGAAGGCUCUGAAGGCUAGGGGAUACGAUGUGGUGAAGAACAAAGCCAGGCUCCUCGUCUCCAUCAGGCGUUUGGUGGCCAACAAAUCUCUGGUCCAGACCAAAGGCACCGGUGCUUCUGGGUCCUUCAAGAUUAACAAAAAGCCUCCCACGCCACGAAAGAAGAAGGUGGUGAAAAAGAAGAAGGCUGGGGCGAAAAAGGUCAAGAGGGCCAGGAAAUCUACAGGAGGAGCAACUCCAGCUGCCAAGAAGUCACCGAAAAAGAGGAAGGCAAAGAGUCCUAAGAAGGCCAAAAAAGCAGCUGCAACCAAGAAGCCCAAGAAGCCCAAGAGCCCCAAGAAGACCAAGCGCAAGGCUGUCAGGUCUACCAGGGCCAGGGCUACUGCCAAGAAGUGAAUACUCUCACACUGAACACUAAACGUGGCCCAAAGGCGUUUCUGCCGGCCUUUGACUGUGUGGACUAAGAAAAAGCUGCAUCUCAAAUUCCGUAUGCUUUUGCUGUUUUUAGUUUUUCUUGAGUUUGGAAAUCGUGAACUUGCUGUAUGUACACAUGUUUCCUUCUCGCCUUCUGUCGUGGUCUGUUAUGGACAUUUGUUAGAAAAAAUAAAACGAUUUU